GAGCUUAAUUCUGAACCCCACUAUUUAAAUCUAUAAUGGUCAAGACACUGCAAGAUUAUUAUAUUCAGUUUUGUUUAUUAUCAGCAGGACAGGUUUAGAACACAAGGUUUUGUGUGUUGAUUCUGAUAAUUGGUAUUUGCUUUUCAUCAAUCAAGAUGUCUAAGAAUCAAGAAUCUAAAUUCAGCUGCAGCAGAAGUGUUGAUUUUCAGCAUCCUUUUUGGAGAAUUCGAGAAAUGCAAGAACAGGAAGACUUACCAAUUAGACAAGAAGAAACAGGAGUAGUCAUGCAAAUGAAUUAUCAAGAUAACGGAACCAAUAAUGGAGGAAACAAGAUGCAGCUUCAACCCCAACCAGAAACUGAGAAAAAGGUACCUGUUGUCUACUACCUAUCGCGAAAUGGACAGCUCGAGCAUCCUCAUUUCGCGGAGGUCUCACUUUCUUCUUCUCAAGGACUUUAUCUUAGAGAUGUGAUAAAUACAUUAAACAAUCUUCGAGGUCAAGGCUUAGCUAGCAUGUAUUCUUGGGCUUCAAAACGGAGCUACAAGAAUGCAUUUCUAUGGCAAGACUUGUCAACUGAUGAUUUCAUAUACCCUUGUCAUGAUCAAGAUUACAUUCUGAAAGGAUCACUACUCUUUGAAUCUUCUCCAAUUUCUCAAUCAAUCAAUUCAAUGUCAUCGUCAUCUAACUCCAGACGCUCGGAGAUGAACAACUCCAGCAGUGACACUGAGGACUCGGGUCCUCCAAUUGCUAGAAGAAAAAAUCAUUUAUUCAGUUCAAUUGCUGACAAUAUUGAUGAGCACAAAGUUGACGAGUCCAGAACGACAAGAGAAUUCUCCGAAAAGGGCUCUGAUGUAUUAACACAGGCCGACAGUAACCGAAGAGUGGAAAGGGAAACUGAAAAAACUGAAGCUGAAGGACUUCACACUACAAAGCUGAAGAAAAAGGAGGCUUCCGUACCGACUUUGAAAUCUAUAGGGCUUUAUCGACAAGCUAGUAAUAGAUAUAAGCAGGAUGCGAGGGUUAAUCUUAGCUCGCAUAUGAAUGAAUCGGGGCUUCUGAUGAAACUGAUUGGAUGUGGAUGUGGCUCAAAAAAGUUCAAAGAUUUUAAUACAAUGAAAAACAGGUAUGUGAUCUUGAAAGAUGCAUCAAGUCCUAAUUUUAAGUGUUUCAAAAUCUUGUAGAAAAUUUGUAGAUAAAGGAUGAGCUACUUUUGUGUAACUCUAAAACGUAGCUUGAUGAAUUGAAGAUCAUUUUUUUUCUUUUUUAUUGUGUGCGGUUGGAAAUUUUUGACGUUUGUGGAAGGAUCUAAUCCUAUGAUUAUAGUAGAAUGCCGA